GAGUUGUCGGAGGUCGGGUACGUGAAGGUUAACAUAGGAAUCACUCUUUAUUUUGGGACAUCAAAGGGUUUAUUAUAGCACUUUAAACGGUAGCGAGACCACAGUUCACUGUUGAACAUCACUUGAUUCAAUUGUAUAAUUUUCACAACAUUUUACCACCCAACCUAUUUCAUCUCAACAAUGCAGUAGAGCGCGCUUCUUCAGUGCAUGAUUAGCCAUGAGAGAGCCAACUGUACAAGUUAUACAAAGUGUGUGAAUGUGGUGAUUAUUAUUGGAUAAUUAGAAUUCAACAGCUCAUAACGAUUCACGAGUCACGAGUAAUUAGCAUCAACGAUAUCGUUGCCGAUUCCCGUUGACUACUGUUGAACAAUACCGUCCCAUUAUCCCAUAUAGGUUUGGUGCACGUGAUCGUUCCCAUCAGCUCCAAACAGUUUUGGCGCCUGAUCGCUCCCCGCCACCAUGUCGGGAAAAUCGAAAAAGUCCACGGCCAAACCGACCUCUACGUCCGGUGCCCAGUCGGUGUCCUCGUCGGCUUCCACAGUGUCCAGCAUGACCGAGUCUUCGGAAACCGCCCUCAGUCCAUCGCGCCGAAGUCGAUUGCACGAGAAAAACAGCCUCAUGAAUCUUAACGACCGUCUCGCGUGCUACAUUGAACGUGUUCGCUUUUUGGAACAAGAAAACUCGAAACUGUCGCUGGAGUUGUCCUCCUGUCAGGAAACGGCCCAUCGCGAGGUGGCCAAUCUGAAGGCGAUCUACGAGAACGAACUGGCCGAUGCGAGGAAACUGCUCGACGAGACUGCCCGCGAUAAGGCCAAGGUGGAGAUAGAUUCCAAGCGGUACUGGGAGGAAAACGAUGUGCUGAGGAUCAAAUUGAACAAGAAGAUCAAGGAACUGACCGAGGUGGACAAAGAUGCCCGAGCGAAUGAGGCCAGAUGUAUCGAGCUAACGGCCAACUACAACAGCGUUUGCUCGGAGAAGAAGAAACUCCAGGAAGAACUGCGUGAGGCUGAUAUGGAAGCAGCGAAGUUGCGGAAAUCGUUCGAAGCCAUGCGGAAAGAUCUUGAGCACGAGACGCUGAUCCGGGUGGAUCUGGAGAACAACAUCCAGAGUCUUCGAGAGGAGCUCACGUUCAAAGAUCAAGUUCACAGCCAGGAACUUUCGGAAAGUAAAAUGCGGCGACAGACCGAAAUCAGCGAAAUCGAUGGAUAUCUCAUGGAUCAGUACGAAACGAAGAUGCAGCAGACUCUCCAGGAGCUUCGUGAUCAGUACGAAACUCAGAUGAACAUGAACCGUGAUGAGAUGUCCGAGCUGUACGAAGCUCGGAUUCAGAACUUGGAAAGCCGACUCGCGCAGGAGCGCGUUCAACACGAAGAGGAACGGUUGAAGCUCGAAAAAGAGCUCAACCGGUUGCGGGACGAGAUGUCUGUCCAGCUCAAAGAAUACCAAGAUCUUAUGGACAUUAAGAUCUCGUUGGAUAUGGAAAUUGCCGCUUACGAUCGGCUGCUUUCCUCGGAGGAAACCCGCCUCAACAUCACUCCAAGCGUGACGAGCACUACGUCCGCCGGGUUGAGCACUUCCUCUCGUCUGUUCCGCACCCCAUCAUACAAGCGAAAACGCAACGCCUUGGACGAUUCGGUGGACUAUUCCGUGACCUCGUCCGCCAAGGGAGACCUUGAGAUAUCCGAGUGCGAUCCGGACGGAAAGUUCGUCAAAGUGCACAACAAAUCCGAUCAAACCCAGAAGCUCGAAGGAUGGCAGAUUGUCCGUAAAACCGAAGCAACCGAAGUGACCUACAAAUUCUCCAAGGGAGCUAAACUUGAGGGAGGCGCAACGGUCACCGUUUGGUCGGCCUCAUCCAACCAGAAAGCCGAUCCGCCGGGGAGUUUGCUCAUGAAGGGUCAAUCGUGGGCAACGGGAGACAACGUCAGCACGCGGUUGAUCAACCAGGAUGGUGAAGAGGUGGCCCAUGCUGAGCGGAUCAAAAUGAAGUCGAUGGGCGGCUCGGCAGGGCCCAAGGAUAAGUUCUUCCUGGACGAGGGAGGCGCCCGGCUAGGAGUCAGCCGAACCGGUGGGGUACGAUCACCGGGAACAUCGAGACGCGGUUCAGGUGAUAAAAACGACGAGCAGUGUGUAGUAAUGUAAGCGCAAAAUUUGGGUGGUGUUUAUCGUAAAGAUUAAACUUGUAUUUUUUUUUCUGCAUUUUUGCAAAGUAAAUGUAAAAGUAAAAUGGUUUAGAUUGCAGGGAAACAGAUUUUGUAUGUAUUUUUGUAAGUUUGGAAAAGAUUUGAAAUAAAAUUGCAUAAUUUUAUAGUCAGUACAUAA